CAGGACAAUCCACCGUUUUAUCUUCCUAACGCAAUAUCUAUUAUCUCCUCAACAAAUAUUAAUAUUCCCUCAAAAUUUUGAAUCUGGAAAUUGCCCUCCAACCAGCGGGAUAUCUGGCUAAUCUCUCCAUUUCUUUUCUGCACCAUAAAAACCCUACCAAAGCCCUAAUCUUGAAAUCCUGCCCCAUUCUCAAUCACUGUCACCCACCACCUUCCAAGAAAUGGCCAAAAAGAAGGUGACCACCCAGAUCAAUGAGCCCAGAGAACAACCCCAGAGUCAGAAAGAUCCUGACCAGGACGAAACCAUAUCCCGCCAAACUUCCAUGGAAGAACUGGGGGAGAAGCUUCAGAAUCUGAAAUCACUCAAUUCUUUGCUUGCCAGAGAGGUGUUUGAAAAGAGACAGCAAAUUGAUUCCCUGGGACAAGCCAAGAAUGCGUUACAGAGAGAGCUGGCUCGGUCUAAGGGAGACUUGGAGGCGGAGUUGGGCAGAGCGAGUGACGAGAACGCCGGGUUGGAGUUGGAGAAGCUUUUCUUCUGCGUAGCGAUGGAGACCUACGUGAGAGAAAUGUGUGCUGGGAUUGAUUGCUUGGUGAGAGAGAAGGAAAAGAGGGAGAGGGAGAUUAUGUUAUUGAAGGGUGAAGUGAAUGAACUCAUGGAAAAUUUUGAAAAUUUGGAGAAGAGUUGGGGUGAGGGCACGGAGAAGCAACAGGAUAUGGCAACGGAGAUAAAUCCAUUGAUGGAAGAAAAGAGAGAGAUGGAAAGCCGUAUCAAGAAGUUGAUAGAACAAACAAGUUGUAUAACUAAAGAGUUGGAGAUGACUAAGAUGGAAUCUGAUGAAAAAGAACUGUUGAUUGAGGAUUUGUCUAGAGAGAAAAAUGAGCUUCUGGAGAGAAAGGAAGAUAAUGAUAAUGUGAUAGAACUGGUCAGGAGGGAAAAAGAUAAGCUCGAGAUGAACUUGGAGGAGAAAUUGAAGGAAAUUCAGGAUUUACAUGGGGAGAUCGAAGGAAUUGCAAGGGAGAAGGAGAAGAUUCAAAUGGAGAAUGACGCACAAAAACUCACAAUCAAUGACUUGGAGAAGGAACUGAGGACACUGAAUGAGAUUUUGCUGAAUUCCAGGAAGGAAGAGGAAAUGUUGAGCGGAAAGGUAUUCGAGUUGGAGAAGAGUUGGGGUGAGGGCAUGGAGAAGCAACAGGAUAUGACAACAGAGAUAAACGCAUUGAUGGAAGAAAAGAGAGAGAUGGAAAGCUGUAUUGCAAAGUUAGUAGAACAAAUGGAUUGUAUGACUAAAGACUUGGAGAUGACUAAGACGGAAUCUGAUGAAAAAGCACGUUUAAUUGAGGAUUUGUCUAGAGAAAAGAAUGAGCUUGAAGGGCUCAAACUCUGCACAGAGAAUGAGGUUGCCGAGCUGCAUGGAGAGGUGGGUCAGCUGAGGGACGUUGUCAUAAGAUUGCAGGAAUCAUGUCAGAAUCAAGAGGAGCAGAACAAACAGUUAAAAUCUGAAGUUGGUCAUUUCAAAGAUGCUUUUGAUCGAGUUACAAUUGAAAAGGUUGAUGCUUUAAAGAGUGUUGAUGAGGAGAGAAAGAAUGGCUUGAAGCUAAUGUCAGAAGUUUCCGAAGUGGAAAAGAAGAUUGAAGAAACUAGAAAUGAGUUGGCACGGGUUAAAAGUGAGCACGACAUUGUCUUUGAAGAGAAGAAGGGAAUGGAGCGUCACUUUGAAUUGUUGAAGAAGGAAAAAGAUUCCAUGCAAAUGAAGCUAUCGGCAAGAGUUUCUGAAAUUGAAAAGAGUACUGAAGGAACCAAAAAAGAAUUAGCACGGGUUAGAAGUGAGUGCGAGAAUUUAUUUGGAGAAAAGAAGGAACUGGAGUCUCGCUUUGAAUUGUUGAGAGAGGAAAAAGAUUCCAUGCAAAUGAAGCUAUCAGCAAAAGUUUCUGAAAUGGAAAAGAUGAUUGAAGAAACUAGAAAGGAGUUAGCAGAGCGUAGAAGUGAGUGCAAGAAUGUGUUUGAAGAGAAGAAGGAACUGGAGUUUCGUUUUGAGUUGCUGAGGAAGGAAAAAGAUUCCAUGCAAAUGAAGCUAUCAGCAAAAGUUUAUGAAAUGGAAAAGAGGGUUGAAGAAAGCAGAAAAGAGUUGGCACGGGUUAGAAGUGAGCAAGAAUGUGUAUUUGAAGGGAAGAAGGAACUGGAGUCUCAUUUUGACUUGUUGAGAAAGGAAAAAGAUUCCGCGCAAAUGAAGCUAUCAGCAAAAGUUUCUGAAAUGGAAAAGAUUAUUGAAGAAACUAGAAAAGAGUUGGCACGGGUUAGAGGUCAGCGCGAGAGUGUGUCUGAAGGGAAGAAGGAACUGGAGUCUUGUUUUGAAUUGCUGAAGAAGGAAAAAGAUUCCAUGCAAAUGAAGCUAUCAGCGAAAGUUUCUGGAAUGGAAAAAAGGAUUGAAGAAACCAGCAAGGAGUUAGCACGGGUUAGAAGUGAGUGCGAGACUGUACUGGAAGAGAAGAAGGAGCUGGAGUCUCGUUAUAAAUUGUUGAGGAAGGAUAAAGAUUCUGUGCAAAAGGAGCUUUCAGAGGCAAAACAAGCCCUUAACAAAUUAAGGGCUAAAUUGGAAUCAGUUGGAAUGAACUCAGAGCAAGCUCUCACCAUGCUGAAGAACACUGCAGCUGUUUUGUGCCAAUCUGGAGGUGAUUGUGAUUACAAGGACAAUGUGGUUACUGGCGAAAGAAAGCUUGAAAAUGAAACUGAACAAUAUGCAUCUGAGUUAGAGGCAAUCAAGAAAGCAUUCAGGCAUAAAGAAACGAUGGUUGAGGACAUGAAGCAGCAAGUUGGGCUUUUGCAGAAUUGUGUGGCAGAUGCACAUAAGAAAAAGAGCUUUUGGACUGUGGGCUUGUUGCAUGGUCAUCCGAGAAGUAGGGGAAAGAAGACAUGCAUGCUGAAAGUGAAAUCAGAUUGAUGAUGUGCCAUGAAUUAGCGGAUUGUUGUCAUUAUAACUUUGUAACAUAAAGUAAGGCCAAAUACUCAAAGUCCAUCAAGCUGAACAGUCCUUGAUGAUUCACUUAAUAAUGGCAUGGUGGGUCAAUGUGAGGUGCUGGGGUUGCAUACUUUUUUCUUUCAUAAGGUCAAUAUAUUUACAAUGAGAAACAAAUAAAACUUGUUCUGUUGGUCAA